AUGGCGAAUGCAAUACAAUUAGCAAUUGGUGAUGCAGUAUUAACCUUCAUAUGGAUUUUCAUUUCUUCAACCCUAGGAUUAGUCACUUCAGAAAUUCUGAAAGCUUUUAAUCUUGAAUUUGUGACAUACAAUGGAAAUGCUUCUUUCUAUGCUGCUGGCCUUGGCUCUGAUACCCUUUUCUCUAUGGCUAUUCGUUUCCCUGCUCAGGCAUUAGGUGCGGUGGGUGGUGCUAUGGCAAUUAAGGAAGUAAUGCCACCAAAAUAUCUGCACAUGAUUGGAGGACCUGUUUUGAAAGUUGAUUUGCAUACAGGAGCUAUUGCAGAAGGAGUGUUGACAUUUGUAAUCACUUUUCUUGUUCUCUCCAUCAUAAUCAAAGGUCCUCGUAGUGAGUUCAUCAAGACUUUGAUGAUGUCUAUUUCCACCGUAGCUGUGAUCAUCGCCGGUACUGCUUACACCGGACCAUCCAUGAAUCCUAUCCUUGCAUAUGGUUGGGCAUAUUUAGACAACUGGCACCACACAUGGGAUCAAUUCUAUGUUUAUUGGAUUUGUCCAUUCAUUGGAGCAAUACUUGCUGCUUGGUUGUUUCGUGUUGUCUUCCCUCCUCCACAAAAAGUCGUAAAACACAAGAAAGCUUGA